AUGACCCUAAACAUUCUAAUCCAUUCCCCAUCCUAUGCAGCUAGCCACACAAAUUUUUUGGCACGAAUCGCUGACACUUUGACGGAAGCUGGGCAUAAUGUGACUUUUCUAGUGCCGAUUGUGGCUGAAAACCAUCUAGGAGUGAAAACCACUAAAGAUGUGAUUCUUGUGAAACCGGAUGAGACAAUGAAAAAUGAUAUGGCACAAAUUUUCACUGGUGAAAAUGAUCCAUUGUGGUCCAUUGAGAUGAAGCCAUCGAAUUUGAAAUCGAUGUUCUCCGCCUACGUUGAUGUGAUGACUUUAACAGCAGAAAAUUUCAUAAGAAGCAAAGAAAUAAUGGAAAAAUUGAAGACUCGAAAAUUCGAUGUGGCAAUUGCUGAGCCAUUCACUGUUUUUGGUCUGGGAUUAUUUGAAAAACUUGGGAUCAAAAAGACAAUUCUGGUUUCUUCAUGCACCCAUUUUGAUUUUUUACUACCCCAUAUCGGGGAGCCAGAGGAUUUUAGUUCGGUUCCAACCCUUUCCAGUCAAGUUGGGGACAAAAUGAGUAUGCUGGAGAAAUGGGACAAUUAUCGGUUUGCUGCUGAAACAAAAUCCAGUCUUGCUAAACUUUUCGACGCGGAAACCGUAGCUUACCGAAGAGCAUUUGGAGCGAAAAUUCCGGAUUGGAAGGAGUUGAUGUCUUCUGCUUCUUUGUACUUCACCAACUCAAUUCCAUUCAUCGAUUAUCCACGUGUCACAAUUCAGAAGACAAUUCCGGUUGGAGGAAUUACGGUAGAUUUGGAGAAAAUUCGAGGAGAGAAAUUGAGUGAGGAAUGGGAGGAAGUUUUGGGAAGAACAACAAAGACUAUUUUGAUUUCUUUUGGAUCAGCAGUUCCGUCGUCGGAAAUGCCAGAGGCUUGGAAAUCUGGCAUCCUCGCUACGAUAAAAUCAAUGCCCAACGUUACAUUCAUUUGGAAAUAUGAGUCUGAAGAUCUCGAAUUCGCCAAAUCAGUUGAAAAUAUUCAUUUCUCAAAGUGGGUCCCUCAGACAGCCCUUCUCGCAGACCCCCUUCUCUCUGGAUUCAUGACGCAUGGUGGAUUGGGAAGUACAAAUGAAUUGGCUCAUCUUGGAAAGCCAGCAGUCAUGGUUCCAAUAUUUGGAGAUCAAACUAGAAAUGCAAAUAUGUUAGCUAGACAUGAAUCGGUUAUUGUACUUCAUAAGAAGGAUUUAGCGGAUGAGGAGAAAAUUGGAAAAGCAAUUCAUUCAAUUUUAUACGAAGAAAAGUACAUGAAAAAUGCUAUUCGAGUAGCUGAGAUGUUGAAAAAUCAACCAACGAAUCCGAAGGAGACAGUGGUGAAGUACACUGAGUUUGUGGCAAGAUUUGGACCCUUCCCACAAAUGGACCCAUACGCCAGAAAGCUGAAUUAUUUCCAGAAGACUUUUCUGGAUAUUUAUUUAACUGCUACUAUUGGUAUCCUGGCUAUCGGGGCACUUUGUGUUUUACAAUUUGUAAUAUGA